AUGGACUAUGAAGUCAAGAAAGGGAAGAAGGGCUUCGUGUCCCCUAUCCGGAAACUCGUGUUCCCCAAGGCUGCUGAGCGCCGGGCGGCCUGUCGGACCAGUGUGAGCCGCCGGCCCCUGCACUCCCUGCCCCUCUACCCACCUGACUACCUCAUCGACCCUCAGAUUCUGCUGUGUGACUACUUGGAGAAAGAGGUCAAGUUUCUGGGCCACCUCACCUGGGUGACUUCCUCUCUGAAUCCUUCCAGUCGGGAUGAGCUCCUGCAGCUGCUGGACACGGCCAGGCAGCUGAAGGAGCUGCCGCUGAAGACCACGGCCGAGCAGGACAGCAUCCUGAGCCUCUCGGCCCGCUGCCUGCUGCUCACCUGGAGAGACAAUGAGGAGCUCAUCCUGCGGAUCCCCACACACGAGAUCGCUGCUGCCUCCUACCUGCAGGACGACGCGCUGCACCUGCUAGUGCUUAAGACAGGUCUGGGCGUGGAUCCAGUGCCAGCCGGCGUGGACGCCAGCCCCGGCGGCGCGGGACGUGACCCGGGUCCACCUGGCGCAGUGUCCGAGAAGCGGCGGGUGGGCACCGCCGAGCGGCGCCACACCAUCUGCAGCCUGGACUGGCGCGUGGCCUGGGGAGGGGGCGCGGGCGCCGAGGCCCGGGCGGCCGCGGGCGGAGGGGGCGGCGGCGGCAGCCUGGAGCGGCAGCGAGCCGGGCCGCGCGCGUCCGGCAGCUGGGAGCGGCGGCAGACGUUCAGCGGCAGCUGGGAGCGGCGGCACGCGGGCGGCGGCGGCGGUGGCACGGGCAAGCCCGGAGGCAGCUGGGAGCGCAGACAGGCGGGCAGCGGCGUCGGUGGCAGCUGGGAGCGGCGCCAUCCGGGACCCAACCCUCUGGAUCCUCAGAACCCCAGCCCCGAUGCCUACUGCAACCUGGUUAUCCUGGCUGUGGCCAAUAGAGAUGCCGCCGAGGAGUCCUGUGCCCUCAUAUGCCAGGUCUUCCAGAUCAUCUAUGGGGACCAGAGCAUCGAGUGCGUGGACCGGGCUGGCUACCACUACACGUCCACGCCGGAACGGCCGUGGCUCUGCAGCCGCAGUGACAGCUGCCGCACGGAUGGGACAUACGCCUACGACGCCGACUUCAGCUGCUGCAGCUCAUUCAAUGGCUCCCAGGACACAUUUGAAGCAUGUUACAGUGGCACGUCCACGCCUUCUUUCCACGGCUCCCACUGCAGCAGCGACCACAGCGGCCUGGGCCUGGAGCAGCUGCAGGACUACAUGGUCACGCUGCGGAGCAAACUGGGGCCCCCGGAGAUCCAGCAGUUCGCUAUUCUGCUGCGGGAGUACCGGCUGGGGCUGCCCAUCCAGGACUACUGCGCCGGCCUGCUUAAGCUCUACGGGGAGCGACGCAAGUUCCUCCUACUCGGGAUGCGGCCCUUCAUCCCCGACCAGGACAUCGGCUACUUCGAGGGCUUCCUGGAGGGCGUGGGCAUCCGCGAGGGCGGCAUCCUCACCGACAGCUUCGGCCGCAUCAAGCGGAGCAUGAGCUCCACGUCGGCAUCGGCCGUGCGCAGCUACCACGACGCGGCGCGGCCGCCCGAGGCGCAGACCUUCCACCGGCUGCUGGCCGACAUCACGCACGACAUCGAGGCGCUGGCCCCCGACGACGAGGACGAGGACGAGGAAGCCCAGGGCGAGGGCGACGCGGCCGAGGACAACUACCUGUAG